AUGGCCUCUGAACAAGCAGCUCCUCCUGUCUGCAACGAGCCCGCAGUGCUCGGAGCGGUGCAGAGGGAAGGCUGCGGUGGUGCACCGCUCUGUGGCUGCCGGUGCUGCGUGUUUUUGGUGCUGGGACACGACUGUUCACCCAGCGCCCCGCAGGACCCCCGCCUUCGCCCCCACAGCUCACGGUCUCUGCUCCCCCCCCAGGUGAAGAGUGUGAACCUGUCUGACGGGGAGGUGCUCUCCAUCCGCGGGGUGGACGGCGAUGCCCUGGUGGUCCUGGCCAACCAGACCCUGCUGGUGGAGGGCCAGGUGAUCCGCAGUCCCACCAACACCAUCUCCGUCUACUUCCGCACCUUCCAGGACGAGGUGGUGGGGACCUUCCAGCUCCACUACCAGGUGUUUAUGCUGAGCUGCAACUUUCCACGGAGACCUGACUUCGGAGAUGUCACCGUGAUGGAUUUGCACUCGGGUGGAAUUGCUCAUUUUCACUGUCACCUGGGCUACGAGCUGCAGGGUCCCAGGGUGCUUACGUGCAUCAACGCAUCGAGGCCGCACUGGAGCAGCCCAGAGCCAAUCUGCUCAGCGCCCUGCGGCGGGACGGUCCACAAUGCCACCAUCGGCCGCGUCCUCUCACCCAGCUACACAGGGAACCAGUCGAGCAGCAUGUACUGCGUGUGGGCGAUCGGGGCCCCCCCGGGCCAGAAGCUGCACCUCCACUUCGAGAAGCUCCUGCUGACCGAGAAGGACAGGAUGGUGGUGUACAGCGGGGACACGAACCAGUCCGCCACCCUCUACGACUCGCUGCGCGCUGACAGCGUGCCGUUCGAAGGGGUGAUCAGCGAUGGCUCCUCCAUCAGGAUCGAAUUCCUCGCAGAGGAGCCCACGGCCGCCACGGCUUUCAACAUACGCUUCGAAGCCUUUGAGCGGGGCCACUGCUAUGAGCCCUACAUCCAGAACGGGAACUUCACCACCUCCGACCCCACCUACAACCUGGGCACCACCGUGGAGUUCACGUGUGACCCCGGGCACUCCCUGGAGCAGGGCCCCGCCGUCAUCGAGUGUGUCAACAUGAGGGACCCGUACUGGAACGACACGGAGCCGCUGUGCCGAGCCAUGUGCGGGGGGGAGCUGACUGCCGUGGCCGGGGUGAUCCUGUCACCCAACUGGCCAGAGCCCUAUGCAGAGGGGGAAGACUGCAUCUGGAGGGUCCACGUCGGCGAGGAGAAGCGUCUCUUCCUGGACAUCCAGCUGUAA